UCCGAAUGUUGAUGUACCCCCUAAAUGUGUUCCUCCGCCUUGUUCUCCCUGUCGUUGGGAACGGACCGAUCGCCCAGAACGACUGGAGUGGUAGCGAACGAGACCUCGCCGUGCCGAAGAAAAGGCGGAGGAGGAUCUACAAUACAGAUCCUGGGGUCCACGACGACGAAGACGAUGAAGACGAAGUCCUCCCUCCUCUGUCAUCCAGGUCCUCUAGCCUCCUGCAGUUCGAGACCCUGGAGAAGCAGUGCGAGACAGUUUUCAGAACUACAGCUUCCGCAGAACCUUUCCAUUCUCCUUCCUUAGCCAGCUCCUUCAGCUUCGACUCCUUGGAGACCUCGAGGUGGCGUUUCUCAGGUUCACCAGACAGCCUGGACGGAGGACAGUCCACCAUCAGCUCUUCUUGUUCCUCCAGCAGCCAUAUCUCCAGCUCCGAUGAAGAGCGUGUGUCCAGGUCUUUCUCAUCGAGAAGUGGAAAUGAAAGCUACAGGUCAUCUCUCAAGUCUCAUCGCAGCUUCGACAGCCUGGUCAACUGUCAAGAGAAAGCUUCCUUACUCAACGGAGAGUUCUCCCAGAGCCUGAACAACACCAUGCUAGCCGUGGAAGAAGAGGAACCGACCACUGCCCCGCCGCGAUGUCUUUACCAGACGGUGGAGUGCCUCAACGAGGUGGCCGGGAAGCCGGCGAGCAAGCCUCAGGAGGCCAAGAAGAAGAGCCAGAGGUCGGCCGAGAACUUGAGCGAGGAUUCGGGGUUCGGAGAGCACAUCCCCCGGGGCCACCUCCGGAGAGCGAGCAGUUCGGGGGUGUUCGCCGGGGCCGAGCAGGAACCCAAAAUAGACAGGCAGCCUGGGUGGGGAGAGGCCAACUAUAGCUACUGGCAGAGUGCCCCCGAUCUACUGGACCAGUCUCCUUCUGCAGUCGAGAAGGUAUCCACAACCUCCCUCGUCUUCCCUGCCCACGAAGAGGACAGCGACAUCCCCGAGAGCAAAGGUCUGAAUAUGAAUACGGUGAGCACGCCCAAUCUUUACGGAGAGGAGCUGGAAGAUGGAGAGUACGAGUUGAAGUUCGGUGAUAAUGCUUUGAAUAGAGCGCACAGUUUCAAGGAAGGUGAGCUUCGCAAGUCCAAGUCUAAGGGGAGUAACAUCCAGAUCACGACGAGUUUCAUCAAUCUGAACGCGAGUGCCGGGUCGCUGCACUCGAAAGUGCACUUCAGUCCGGUAGUGUCGGAGGUAUCGUUCAGGGACACCAGUGAGGAGGAGCUGACGGAGAAAGUGGGGAAGGAUGUGAAGGUCGCAGAGAGUGGAGGGGGCCCGCAGCAUAGGCCAGUAGUGGUGGAGCAGUCCGUCAUGGAGCAACCGGCCAAGAAGAACAAGAUCGGCGGCUUCUUCCAGAGGUUCAGUCUUCGGAGGCUGUCCGGAAGGGACAAGAAGAAGAAGGAGAAGAAGUGGAACGGGAGCGGGCAGCCGGGGGUGGCGAAGACAGUGGUGGCGGCGGCGGAAGUGGAGGAUGUGCAGAUCAUCCCGCUCCACCCCCCGGAGGAGAAGAGGCCCCCCCCGCCGCCGAGGGCCCCCGAGCGGCUGCGCGAGCCGCCCCCCAGCCCCAGUGCCAUGCCGACCGCCCCCAGGGCAGGCCUCCUCGAGACCGACCUCGACACCGUCCACGAUGGGCCCCCGAAGACCAGGAGCCUCCUCGACCUCGGGGCCGGGGGGUCCCGGCCCCAGCAGCCCCCGUCCCCGGCCGCCGACACCAGGGCCAAGAGCAUGGAGUUCCUCCUCGACAAGCAGGCCCAGUUCUCGGUCAAGGUAACCCUUAUCUCUUAUCAAUAGCUAUACUUUAUACAAACUAUUUAUAUA